AUGCCCGACGCUCAGAUUUUCAAGGCAACCUACAGCGGAAUCCCCGUGUACGAGAUGAUGUGCAAGGGCGUAGCGGUGAUGCGCAGGCGCUCAGACUCUUGGCUUAACGCGACACAAAUUCUCAAAGUCGCUGGUUUCGAUAAACCUCAGCGUACGCGUGUAUUGGAGCGCGAGGUUCAGAAGGGCGAACACGAGAAAGUUCAAGGAGGCUAUGGUAAAUACCAAGGAACAUGGAUACCCCUUGAGCGGGGCCUUUCACUGGCCAAGCAGUAUAAUUGCGAUCAUAUCCUGAAGCCCAUCAUUGAAUUCCAACCAGCUGCCAAGAGCCCACCAUUGGCACCUAAGCAUUUGGCCGCCGGCGCUGCUCCUAAACCUGCACGUCGAGCACCGCCUCCCGAAUCGGCGUCUGCUGUCAACACAAGGUCGUCUCGUAAGCAGGUCGCCGAUGUGGUAGCCCCAGUGGUGGAACAGGAGCCACUGUCACCUCAAGCCUCUGAAGAUGGAACAAUGACGCCUUCGCCAUCCGAAUCAUCAUCAAGCUCCAGAACCCCGUCGCCGAUCCAUAGCCCACAACCAUCUCAUGUCUCGCUUGCUACGGACACCUUGUCUACGGCCAGCGGCCGCAGAAAGACUCGUCCAGCUGCCAGCACACCUGUUGACGUUGCCAUGUCCGGUGACGAGCUUCCUUCCAAAGCAAACGGUAUCGAGGACAGACGGCCCUACGGUGAUCAGAUGCUGGAGUACUUUAUUUCCGACUCUAACGAUGUUCCGCCACUUCUGCUCAGACCUCCGCCUGAUUAUGACCCUAACAUGGCUAUUGACGACGACGGACAUACGCCUCUGCAUUGGGCGUGCGCAAUGGGACGCAUUCGCAUCGUCAAGACUUUACUAUCACUUGGCGCCGACAUCUUUAAAGUCAACAAAUCUGGUCAAACUGCCCUAAUGCGCAGUGUUAUGUUCGCGAACAAUUACGACGUCCGCAAAUUCCCCGAGCUCUAUGAGCUCCUCCACCGCUCGACUCUCAACAUUGAUAACUAUAACCGAACGCUCUUCCACCACAUUGUGGACGUCGCCAUGUCGAAAGGCAAAGUGCAUGCUUCCAGAUACUAUAUGGAGACGGUCCUGGGCCGAUUAUCCGAAUACCCCAGAGAACUAGCCGAUAUCAUCAACUUCCAGGACGAAGACGGCGAAACUGCGUUGACUAUGGCGGCGCGCUGUCGUAGUAAGCGUCUGGUCAAGAUUCUCAUUGACCACGGAGCGGACCCGAAAAUAGUCAAUAAUGAUGGUAAAAGCACAGAAGAUUAUAUUUUGGAGGACGAGCGAUUCCGCUCCUCCCCCGCCCCUCCUUCACGCACCCAGUCUAUGUCCUUCCGCAAUACGCACCCGGCUUACCAUACCCCCCAUCCUCCGUUAAAUUCUCUCGCCGGAACUAAUGGUAGUCUGCCACUCCACUACUCCGUCGCGGCCCAAAGAGCCAGCACACGUUGUACCAAUGACAUGGCAAUUAUGCUGGAUAGUCUAGCCGCAUCCUUUGACCAAGAGCUUCACGACAAAGAACGGGACAUGGCGCAAGCACACGCCCUCCUCACGAAUAUCCAGCAAGAAAUAUUGGACAGCCAGCGAACGGUGACGAAUUUAAAGGUCCAGGCAGACAAGCUCCCUACUGCCAAGCAGAAGUUGCACGACAUGAAAGACGAGCUACAUGCCAGGAUGGGGAUGCGCUAUCGCCUAGGUUGGGAGAAGUGGCUAAAGGAAGAGGAAACGCGUGAAAAAGACAUUCGAGACGCGGCUGGUGGGGAGCUUGUCCUCACGGAAGCCACUGCUUCGUAUCAGCCGGACGAUAGCGCUGACGGGGUGGAAAGCGAUAAAAGCAGAGGAAAGCGAAAAGCCCCCUCUCAGGCUGAGGAUAUCUCUGAUUUACUUCUACUGCACGAGGAUAUACCAACCGACGAGGGCGCUUUGCAUCAGGCCUGCGAGUCACUGCGGCGAGAGCUUUCUCAAUACAAGAAGAGACGUAUAGAGCUCUUCGACGAACUUGUCAACUUCCAGGCAGAGGCCGACACCAGUGAGCGAAUGACCGACUACAGGCGACUGAUUGGCAUUGGGUGCAACAAGCCUCCGGGCGAAGUGGACUCUGUGCUCGGCUUGUUGCUCGAGGCAAGUGCUCUCCUCUGA